UGUCCUCAUAAGUUCAGACGGAAUUCUGGAGAGAACGGUCUUCCCGGGUCGAUAAGCCAUGGAACUAUCUUCUUCAAUUUACAAGAAUUGGGUUUUCACCGAUCAAGCUCUCCCUAAAGAUCUCCUCAAAAGAGGACUUGCCGUGGAAGAUCCAAACAUCGACAAUGGUGUUAAGCUUUUGAUCGAGGAUUACCCUUAUGCGGUCGACGGUUUAGAGAUUUGGUCAGCGAUCAAAACUUGGGUCACUGAGUACUGCUCAUUCUAUUACAAGAAUGACAAAACCGUUCAAACCGAUAUAGAGAUCCAGUCAUGGUGGACCGAGCUCCGAACAAAAGGCCACGGGGACAAACAACACGAAUCAUGGUGGCCAUCGAUGCAAACCCGCGAUGACCUCAUCGAAUCCUGCACGAUCAUCAUUUGGAUCGCCUCUGCUCUUCACGCAGCAGUCAAUUUUGGACAGUAUCCUUACGCCGGGUUUCUCCUUAACCGACCUACGAUCAACCGCCGAUUUAUGCCUGAGCCAGGCACCGUUGAGUACACUGAGCUGGCUGAAGACACUGACGUAGCGUUCUUGAAGACGAUCACGCCGCAGUUACAGACUCUUCUUGGGAUCUCCAUCAUAGAGACCUUGUCUAUGCAUUCAACGGAUGAGAUCUACUUAGGGCAAAGAGAGUCACCGAACUGGACAGCUGAUGAUGAGGCUUUGGAGGCGUUUAAACGGUUUGGUAAAGAACUGGAGCUGAUAGAGAACAAUAUUAUAAAAAGAAACAAUGACAAGAGAUUCAAGAACAGGACCGGACCAGUUAACAUACCAUACACUCUGUUAUACCCAAAUACUACGAAUUACAGAAGAGAAGGUGAGUUUACUGGGAAGGGAAUCCCUAACAGUGUCUCAAUCUAG